AUGAAGAUAUAUAAAAUUAUAUUGUAUAUAAGAAUUGAUAGAACUCAAAAAUAAUUCAUUUCAAUUGUUAAGAUUGAGAGAGAAUUUUAUGAGAGAAAUAAUAAAGAUUUAAUAUUAAUUUAAAAUUAGAUGGAAUUCGUAACAGCACUAGUGUUUAUAUUUAUAUUAUGUGCUUGUGGUAUAGUUUGGGCAAUAUUUAAUUGGAUGGCAGUACAUAAAGUGGAGAUUCAUCAUAAACAUGAAGGUUUAACAGAAUUACUUUAGGGAGCAGAAUAAGAGAAGAUUGAGACUUUAUUAGAAAUAGGAGAACAUAUAUAAGAUGUAUAUAAAUAAUAAUUAAAAAAAUAGGGGGCAUAAGCAUUUUUAAGAGAGGAAUACACAGAUUGUUCAGUAUUUUUGGCUAUAAUGGCUGUAUUAUUGAUAGUAAUGAAUUUGAGAUGAUAAUAGUUUGUAUCACCAUGGUCAUCAUUAGCAUUUAUAUUAGGAGCUGGUACAUCAAUGCUUUGUGGUUAUUUAGGUAUGGCAAUAGCAACAGCAGCAAAUUUUAGAACAGCAUUUUCAGCAAUAACAUCAUUAGCGAAUGCGUUUUAAGUAAUAAUGAAUUAUAAUAAAAAAAGAUGGCAUAUAGAGGAGGAUGUGUAAUGGGAUUCUUAUUGGUAUCAAUAUCAUUAUCAAUUCUAUCAUUGAUAAUAAUAAUUUACAAUGCAAUAAUAGUGAAGAGUGAUGAAAAUAAUUAUGAAGAUUUAGUGAUGAUGUUUGAUUAUGUUGCUGCAUAUGGUUUAGGUGGAUCAACAUUUGCUUUAUUUGGUAGAGUAGGUGGUGGAAUAUAUACAAAAGCUGCAGAUGUUGGAGCAGAUUUAGUUGGUAAAGUAGAGAAGAAUUUACCAGAAGAUAGUCCAAAGGUAGAUAAAUAAAAUAUAUAUAAUAGAAUCCUGCAACAAUUGCUGAUAAUGUUGGUGAUAAUGUUGGAGAUAUAGCUGGUAUGGGAGCUGAUUUAUUUGGUUCUUUUGCAGAAUCUACUUGUGCUGCAUUAGUUGUUUCAUCAACUUAAUUAAGAGUAUAAACUGAAAAUGGAAAUACUAUUGAAAUUGGCUAAUUGAUGUAUCCAUUAAUGGUUUCAGCAUUUGGAAUUGGAAUAUGCAUUUUAGUAUCUGCUUAUGCUGUUUAUAUUUCUAAAGUAAAUCAUAUUAAUAAAAUUGAAUCUACACUUAAAUUCUAAUUGUUAUUAUCUACAAUUGCUUUAUCUCCAAUUAUUAUAGGAAUAGCUUAUUGGUCAUUACCUUCUGAUUUUGUUAUGAUAGCUGCUGAUGGUUCUAUUUAAUUAUCAGAUCUAAAACCAUAUCAUGCAUUUCUUUGUUCAUUAUUAGGAUUGUGGUCUGGAUUAUUAAUCGGUUAUUUCACUGAGUAUAUGACAUCUCAUUCCUAUACUCCAGUUAGAGAAGUUGCUUAAUCUUGUGGAACUGGAGCAGCUACUAAUAUUAUUUAUGGAUUAGCAUUAGGAUAUCUAUCAACUAUUGUACCUAUUAUUGCUAUUGCUAUUACUGCUUUAUUAUCUAUGAAAAUGUUAUCAUUUUAUGGAGUUGCUUUAGCUGCCCUAGGAAUGUUAUCUAAUUUAACUAUUGGUUUAGCUAUUGAUGCAUAUGGACCUAUCUCUGAUAAUGCUGGAGGUAUUGCUGAAAUGAGUGAAUUGGGAGAAAAUGUUAGAGAAUCUACUGAUGCCCUUGAUGCAGCGGGUAAUACUACUGCUGCGAUUGGUAAAGGAUUUGCUAUUGGAUCUGCUGCACUUGUAUCAUUAUCACUUUAUGGUGGAUAUUUAACUAGAAUAUAAACUUAUAAAGUAGGUGAAGAAUUCCCAUUUGCACAAGGUGCUAAAAUUGAUGAUCCAGUCAUUUUUGCUAUGUUAUUAAUUGGAGCUAUGUUACCAUAUGCAUUCUCUGCAUUUACUAUGAAAUCAGUUGGAAAAGCUGCACUUUAAAUGGUUGAAGAAGUUCGUAGAUAAUUACAUGAACAUCCAGGAAUCUAUGCAGGAACAGAAGAACCUGAUUUUAGAGCUUGUAUUGCUAUCUCUACUAAAGCAUCAUUAAAAGAAAUGAUUCCACCUGGAUUACUUGUAUAUUCAUUUAUUUAUUAUUCUUUUAGGUUAUUGUUACACCUACUGCUGUUGGUUUAUUCUUUGGACCAUAAGCUGUUGCUGGAUUAUUACCUGGAGCAUUAGUUAGUGGAGUCUAAAUGGCUAUUUCUGCAUCUAAUACUGGAGGUGCUUGGGAUAAUGCCAAGAAAUACAUAGAAGCUGGAUUUUAUAGAAAUGAUGCAGGAGAAGUUAAAAAAAAGGGCUCAGAUGAACAUAAAGCUGCUGUUAUUGGUUAAAUAAAUAUUAAUUUUAGGUGAUACUGUUGGAGAUCCUCUCAAAGAUACAUCAGGACCUUCUUUAAAUAUUUUGAUAAAGUUAAUGGCUAUCCUUUCAUUAGUUUUAGCUGGAGCUUUUUGUAGGACUGGAUGGUUGUAUAAAGGAUGA